CCGGUCCCUCCGCGCAGGCGCCAUUGUUCCCGCCCCGCCGCGCGGCUGGUUGCCAUGGUUUCCGCAACCCGGAAGCGCUGGCGGGGGGAGCCCGGGCUGCCCUGAGCCCGCCAUGGCCGCGGCGGGGGGGGGAGCUGAGAUCUGCAUCUGUCCAAAGACUCAUGCUGCAGCUGUGAGCCCAAUGGAGACAGCAGCAAGCGAAGAUGUUCUUCCUGCGAGGGCAGCGUACACUCAGGGAGAUGACGGCCCAUCUGCGAUAACCUGUGAAUUGGAUCCAGAAAUGAAGUUAAAGAAGAAACUUUUUAGCAAGCCUCCAAAAUUACCAAGUAGGUCUCCAUACAGCACACAACUGUAUUCCAGAAAAGCUGCAGUUUGGCCAUCUCUGCAGGGAACAGGCAGUGAAUAUCUUGAGAGUGCAGCUGUAAAAAACUCAAGGCUAAGAUCACUGAAACAAGGAAUGAGCUAUCCUGUGAAGUCAGAUGUUGACAUGGGGCAUAUGCAAGCUGGUUUUAGUAGCACUCCGGAAUAUUUGAAGGAAGUUCUAGGAACGAAGAAGCCAAAACAUUCUCGUUCUUCUAGCAAUGGCUACGUUCCUGGAAAUCCUAACUACAAAGAAAAAGAAGAUAUGUAUGAUGAAAUUAUAGAACUGAAAAAGACAAUACAAGCUCAGAAAAUUGAGAGACAUCAAAUGAAAACUAAGCUUCGUCGACUAGAAGAAAUGAUCAAUAGAAAGGAUAAACAGAUUGAAAACCUGUUGGAUCCUUUCAAGGGCUCCGAGAUGGCACAAACUUUGUCAGAAAAGAUGAAUAAUAAUGGAUGGGUGGUUAAUGGAUUGAAGCAGAAGAUUCUCAAGCUACAACAACUGUGCAAGGAGAGAGACAAGACUAUUAACAAAUUCCAGGCAGAAAUGAAGUCCACUAAUUUGGAAGAAAUGAAGAUAGCUAUGGAAACGUGCUCUGAAGAGGUUCAUCAUCUCCAACAGCUCCUGGAGAAAUCUGAGGCUAUGAGGAAAAAUACAGAGAGCAGAGAGACCCAAAAACACCUAAAGGCACUGAAUGCUGCUGUCCUGAGAUUAUCCAGGACCAUCAAAAAUUUGCAGGCUGAGAAUCGGAGGCUGAAAGAAGAUUUAGAUCAUGUACUGUGCAGUUCUCCUCCUUCCAAUGAAACAGAAAGUUAUAGUGAGUGGAGCAAACCCAGGCUGGUGAGGCGGAUUUUGGAACUUGAAAAAAAAAUAUGUGCAUUGGAAAAUGCCAGGGUGCCAUCAGCAGAUACCUGUGAGUCAGAGUUAUUUGCUCCACCAUGUUCAGCUGAAGACCUGGAUCAUCCAGCCUCUCAGCAGGUAGACUAUGUUGAGGAAUGUCAUCGCCUUCAAGGGCUAGUGAAGAAACUCCAGAGAGACAAGAGGGCACUUCGAAGUUUCCUACUCAGUAAAGAAGUGGAAAUCCAGAACCUGACACAGAAAUUAGGGAAACUGGAGACAAAAGAAGAGGAAGAGAAGAGUCAAAUGUCAGAAGACAAAGUGGAAAAGCUUCUUAAGUUUUCACUGCAAGGCAAAGACCAUCAAAGGAGGCAACAAGCAGCCAGAAUCAUCCAGAGGUACUGGAAGAAGUAUCGGGACAAGCGAGAUGUAACUGAUCUGGACGAGGCAAUUAUUACACUUCAGACAGCUUUCAGAGGACAUUUAGGUCGACAGAAACUGUUACUGAAGAAGAGGACGCAUGAUGCAAAUUCUCAUAACAAGGACUCCUGCAGGUCUUCCAUGUCAAACUCCUCGAGCUCGUCUUCUGAUUGCAAGGAGAAAGAUGAGAUGCUGCCAUUCAUCCAGUCUGUUUUCAGGGCUCACUUAGCACGUAAAGAACAGCUUGUGGAGAGUGCACUAUGUGAGAAAGGAGAUUCUGCAGUUCACAGUCCAGAGAAGAAACCGGUCUUAGCAGCAGUCCAGAGACGACCUUCAAACUUCAUGUUGUCUCUUCCUGGUAAUUUCAUUUCCCUCUAUGUUCGAAAGUAAUGUGUGUUUUGAGUGGGUGCACGCAAUUUUAUAGAGAACAUCUGCACAUGCAGAUGCAUAAUGGGACUCUGUGUCUUCUUUUAACUUGAUGACAUGUUGCUUAUACUGGCAAGUGCAGGCCCUUGCGUAAAAAAAAAAAACAAAACCAAACCUUUGGCAGUAUCAGUACCAGCUUCCUCACAAGUGCUUUGCCUUUUUGUCACAACUGUGGUUUGGAGGGUCUCUCUCUGAUGUGAGUGGUAAUUAUUCAAGGAACAUGAUGUUCCUCUGUAUUGCCUCUCUUCUCUCUUUUCAAUCCCCCCAGCCCUGUAGCUGUAAUAUGGUACUUUCCACUAUGCUUUGGGCCUGAAGCCAUAGACAAGCUGAGAAUGUUUUCAUCAUCCUGACUUGGUUUCUGAAGGGGACAGACAUCUGGUAAAAAGAACCAUCCUAGUCCACCAUGUGUAACAUUGUUUUCAGCAGUCUUCUGAUGCUGCAUUAAGGGGAAAAAUGAAGUCCUGGGUAACUUUGCCAACUAGUACUACAAUAAUACAAACUGGGAAAAUGUCUCUCUUUUUUUAUGGCUCUUAUA